AUGAAUACCCACAUAUAUUGGGAAACUGUAUUUGGAAAGCCUAUAUUUUCGAGUUUGCUCAAUUUACAAUGCACCCGAGGUAUACUGGGAAAGAGAAAAUACAUACAUUCCAAAUUCGUAGAUAAAAUAAAACACAACUUUAUUUAUAACAAGCAGUAUAAUGGUUUUAUAUCCCUAGCAAAUACACACGAUUCUAAAAGUGAAGCAUGUAGCAAAUUGUAUGAAAAUAACACAAAUAAAGAUUUGUUCGAAAAUAAGUAUUAUAAUAAUGAAGAAUCUCAAUGUACAAUUGAACCAAAUUAUGAAUUAAAUGGUCAAAAAAACAAAGACAGAUAUAAUAAAAAAAUUCUUAAAAGUUUGAUUUUAUUAAAAAACAAAAGAAAGAGAGAUUGUGAUAAAUUAAAAUUAAUAAGCAAAUAUAUUUUUAAUAACAUUAAUAAUUAUGAUAUAUUUGAAAUAACUAAUAUACUAUAUUGCACAUAUUUUUUUAGCAUAAUAUUAAAAAAAGAAGAUUUAUAUAAAUUAAUAAAACGACUUAAAUUAUUAACAUUUAAUAAUAAAAAUGAUCCUGUUAUAUAUGAGUUAAUUUUAAAUUUGUUACGAUUAAAAAUACCAAACGAAAUAGUAGAUGCAAAAUUUAUAUUUGAUUUAAAUAUAUUUUUAAAUAAUUUGUUACACAUAGUUAUAUUGCGCAAAGAUGGAAACAGUAUGCUUAAUUCUAGUAUCAAUCAAAAUAUUUCAUAUUUUAACUACAUAUAUUUCGUAAGGGAGAUACAGUUAAUAUAUCAUCAUGGAUUUUGUUCAUGGUUUAAUAAAAAGCAUUUAGACACUUCCAUAUUACAAUUUUUGAAUUCAUUUCAGAGCUCUUUAAUGCAGCAAAAUAAAAAUUUAGAUUAUAAUUUUAUAAAUAAUGUUGUUAAUAUUCUUUAUAAAUUAAAUUGCCAAGUAAAUUAUUUAAACUUGUAUAAUUAUGAUAUUCCAAUUUUUAUAGAAGAAUUUAAUUUGAUUAUUGAAUGUAUAUCUGAUAAGAAUACUUUUGAAGGAACGUUAAUUAUGACUCCAUAUUUUUUGCAAAGAUAUAAUUUAUUUAAAAGGCUUAAUUAUAAAGUUCUCCUUUUAUAUAAAGAAUUAUUACCCCCCAAAAAUGAACAAGAUAAAAUUAAUUAUAUUAAAAAAUUGUUAUAUGAUAUUAUAAAAUAG